AUGUCUUCCAUUGCUGAGGAUCUUCCCCCUGCCAGUGUGGUUGCACGUUCGAUAUUGGAUAUAGCUGCAAUUAGUUCACAGCAGCUUCGUGAUGACUGUCUCAGAGUUUCGGGAGCUCAUAACGUAACUGAAUUAUCGAAUAAUCUGGAAAGAUCGCUGCUGUUAUUCUUCCAACGUAAUACACGUAAGCAAAGGCUCGAAGAUACGAUGAAUCAUUGUGUAAAUGACCAUUCACGGAUCUAUCCGUCAACUUCGUUUGGAAACCAUUUCUAUUCAAGGGGAAUUUAUGAGAGUAGUUUACAAACAAACUUCUGCGACUUCUCUUCAGCUGAUGAGGACGACCUUAGCGGCUUACCAACGCCUGCAGAUGUUCGAAAAUUGGAUUUCCGCCGUUUCAAUGGAACACCUGCUGGACAUCAUCUGGACACGUCUGGUUUCUCACCUGAGCAAUUUUCACCGUCAUCACCAUUCGUGCAUGAGAACGCACAAUUUCGUGCAGAUGAAGACGACUUUUCUCAAGACGAAUCCGAGUCUCCCAGCAUGCAAAUUGUUCCACUUAUCCAGAAAUUUCCUACUAGCCCCGAACUAUCGCAAGAACAAUUUGCAACGAACUCGAAAUGUUCCUUUGCAACAACUAGAUCGGUAACGCAGACUGAAGAAUACAGGGAGGUCGAUGAGUUUUCUGAGUAA